AUGAGCGCUACACCUCCGGGUAUUGCAGAAGAGGUAUCGUACAAGAGCCGCUUACAACAAUUUACACAAAGAGCAUCUAUUCCACUUCCAGUGUAUAUAACUUUUUGUGAAGCAGAACAUCCUCCCAGUUUCAGAUCAAAAGUGAAGGUGAACGGAACAUGCUUUACAUCUGAUACAUGUCCAUCUAAAAAGAUGGCAGAACAAGAAGUUGCCAAGCUUGCAUUGGCUGGUCUUAUUAACAAAGUAAAGGAUGAGGGGAGUUCAUUUAUACGUGAGGGUACGGUGACUACAUCCCUUUGCAAGUCUAUCAUGAAUGAGUAUGCUGUCAAAAUGAAUAUGGAGAGACCCACUUAUGAUACAGUUCAGCCAAAGGGGCUGCAGGGGCUGCUUCCAGUUUUUGUAUCCUCGUUGAUUUUUAAUGGUGUUACAUUCACUGGAGAUACAGCAACAAACAAGAAAGAGGCUGAAAAAUUUGCAGCACGUUCUGCUAUUUUGUCCAUUUUAGGCUCUGAAUCCGGGACAACUAUGUCUGAAAUAGUCAGGUCUAAAUUCAGGUUGUUUGAUGCGUUGGAAAGCCACAAGGAUCCUUCCAUGGUCCAUGAUAAUGUUGGUUCUAUGCCUAUUGGAGAGAACCGAGGGGGGGACCUAGCCUCAUUGAAUAAAAGAAAAGAAGUUGAAGUUAAUGGUGACACGGGAAAUAACACUUUUGCAUCACUUGAUCCUACAUUGGUACAACCAUCUAUUGUUCAAGGAACACGUCUCCCUCUCCAUGAACUCAAAAAACCUAAACCUGGACCUGGACCUUUAUUAGAGUUGAUUCUCAGUUGGCUAUUGUUUCAACGCAGCCGACUCCUGCUUUUUCAGUGGCCAAUGAGUAGUUCAGUCCAGUAUCCUUCUGCUAGGCUCUCUCACUUCCUAAAGCGAAAAUGA